CUCAAGUCGACCCCUCUGCUGGCAGCUCGCUCAGUACUAAGUCUCGGCUCGCCCAGACAUCUAGCUUGAUGGCCAUUCCGAAGGUUAAUCCUCCUUCCAUCAAGCCCAAGCUGGCCGGAUUGUCGUUCUCAAAGAGCAAAGACAUACCACCGCCGUCCCCUGCUGAUAAUGCCAUGGAUGUAGAAUCCCCAAACUCAGCCCGAAAUGUGCCCAGUGCAUCGAUCGCCGCAAGUACUGUUCCUCGGAAAAGCAAUGAAGCUGAAAGCUUUUUGAACAGUCUGGGCCUUGGAACGGAUAAAGUCACGUCUACCGCUGCUCCCGCUGCGAGGAUUGAUCCCUUGAAAAGGAUACCCAAGAAGUGGAAGUGGACAGGGGAUCUGUUCGUUGAUCAACCUGAUGGAACCGCGACAAAGCUCUGUCAAGUUUCUUUAUCUGAAGUUGUAGACGCAGGAACUGGUAACCACUUUAGUGUGCUCCUGUCAGGCGUGGACUCGCUUCGGAUACGAAAUCUGCUUGGGACCAAGGAUAUGAUCCCUAUGAUCCGAGGCUGUAAAGAAUGUCAACAGGUCGUGAAGUUGGAAAAUGUCGAAGCAUCGGAGGGUAGGAAUGUAACAAAUCUCUCUAAGAGCAUGGCGAAAGACUCAAAGGUUGCAUUGAUCCCUAUGGACUUGAAUGAUGCCCAAGUCGGCAUCGCUGUCAUCUUUUCGUCUUUGUCGCUGGAUAUUUGCAACAAAUUCAAGGUUCCCAGCUCACACAGGACCACACCUAUCAUCUUGAUCGGAUAUCUUCCAUAUCUCAUGACAUCCAGCAAGCUCUCCAACAACGACGCUUCGAUGUCAUUUGAUAGCCUCCUAGAAGCUGCUGCAACUUCUGUGGUCCCCAACGUCGGAAUGAAAGGUUUCAUACAUCAACCCAUGACUGUUCUCGGGUUUCCAGCAAUGCUGCGAAAGCAUCUCACAGCGCAAAGGGGCAAACCGUUCACUAUAUGGACACGUGGUCCUGGUCAAGGCUCCAGUCAAAUUGACGUUGAAGUUAGGCAACUCCAACGAGCCCUACGCAAGUGUCAGUGGACCUAUGUUGCGCCAGAAGCAGAAGCAAGACUUGUUUUCGUCCACCUUCCAGCAUUGAGUGCCAUCGGUAAAUUUCCGCAACUGGCGGAUAGGAAGGGCAAGCAUCCAGAGAUACAUUUCUACACUUUUGGCUCCGAUCCAGCUAUAACAAUGGACCGGUGGGGAGUAAAGCCCAUAUAUACCAUAGGUGGCAUAAUGACGUUUACCCCAAGAGCAUUGGCUGAGAAUCCCUUUGAUUGCCUGAAUCUAAUGAUGCAAUGCAAAGAGCACCCAUUCUGGGACUCCUACAUAUUAUCAUGGGUUCUUGGGGCAGCCGCAAGAAAGGCCCCUACGCUCAGCCUCGCUUUUAUCAAACCUUUCCUAGAACUCGCACUCGAGGGUGAUAUCACACUGUUGCACACAGACCGGGAAAGUCCGGGUGUUGACUUUGCGGACUUGCUUCCUUCAAUGAAAGAUGAAAAUCAGGUCAUGGAAGAUUGUCUUCGCAGUGCCAGUGAACUAUUCACCGAUCCUUCCAAGCUGCAGGCGUCAGACGCGGAGAAUGAGCUAUCGCGUUCAUUGACGUGGCUACACGUACAACCCGCUCUACUUGAGUACCGGAGGUUCGUCGUUAUUCGGGCUGAAGCCGAGUCCCACAUAUCAGCCGGCAAAGACGGUUUUGAAUGGUGCUCUCCUAGUCAAUUCGAGUUUGGAGACUGUUACUUUGAUAAAAUGAAGUUGUCGUAGUCAAUCCCUACAGGUCGUCUAUAGUAUAUUCAGAUACCUAUUACCCUUGGAUUAUAAUCAACAAA